AGUUAGCUUCUCUACUGCACAACCUCUUCUUGCUUGGCUCCUGAAGAUUAUCAAUCUUCUCUAGCCAUGUCAAGGGACCCACUUGUUGUAGGACAUGUUGUUGGGGAUAUCUUAGACCCAUUUAACAAAUCAGCAUCACUGAAAGUCCUAUACAACAACAAGGAAUUAACAAAUGGGUCUGAGCUCAAACCGUCACAGGUAGCAAAUGAACCAAGGAUUGAAAUUGCUGGGCGUGACAUGAGAAACCUUUACACUCUGGUGAUGGUGGAUCCUGACUCGCCAAGUCCAAGCAACCCAACAAAAAGAGAAUACCUUCAUUGGUUGGUGACAGACAUUCCAGAAUCAGCAAAUGCCAGCUAUGGAAAUGAAGUUGUCAGCUAUGAAAACCCAAAACCAACUGCAGGAAUACAUCGUUUUGUCUUUAUACUAUUUCGCCAAUCUGUACAACAGACCAUCUAUGCACCAGGAUGGAGACCAAAUUUCAAUACAAGAGAUUUUUCUGCGCUAUAUAAUCUUGGACCUCCUGUGGCAGCAGUGUUCUUCAAUUGCCAGAGGGAGAAUGGAUGUGGAGGAAGACGGUACAUUAGAUAAAAUCAGGAACAUUCGUAGUCCUCUACAAGAAAAGGAUGUAUUAAAUGAGAGAAGAUGAAUGAGGUCAGGCACAUCGCAAAGCGAUGGUAAAUGGUGGACCUUUUAAUGUAUCUUCAAUUUAAAAUUAUUACCUUUGAUACGUAUCCAGGCACUAAAUAAGGUGCUUUAUAAAUGAAUUUAGCUUCAAAUCUCAUCUCGGGGAACACUUUAUAUGGUUCUUCAGCAAGGAAAUCCUAAUGAUUCUGCACUCAACAAAUAUUGUCCCUGUCGUGUUCAAAAGCAUCUAUUAUGCAACAAAUUGUGUGCAUCAUAGAAGAAUGCAACUAAUAUUAUCUCAUGUUCUUUUAAAAAAGAGCUUUACCCUU